UUGCAAACAUCUUCCCUUGCAUUCACAAAGUCCUGCCCAGGUUCCUGUCCCUUCUAGUCCUGGCCGUCCCUCUUCCCGGGGGCUUCCACCCCUCCGACCCCCGCCGACCCGGGGUGGACUACAAUUCCCGGCGUGCCGCGCGCGUCCGGCCGGCUGCACCGGGGCUUUGCGCGUGGCGGCCACCGAGCUCCUCGCGCGCGGGGCAAACCUCCCGGCGCGGCCAUGCGGGGAGUUGCUGAAGUAAAGGAACCCUGCAGCCUUCCCAUGCUAUCUGUUGACAUGGAAAACAAGGAAAAUGGCUCUGUCGGUGUAAAAAAUUCCAUGGAAAGUGGGAGACCACCUGAUCCUGCAGACUGGGCUGUGAUGGAUGUCGUCAAUUAUUUCCGAACUGUGGGAUUUGAGGAGCAAGCUAGUGCUUUUCAGGAACAGGAAAUUGAUGGAAAAUCCCUGCUAUUGAUGACAAGAAAUGAUGUGUUGACAGGACUUCAGUUAAAAUUGGGGCCUGCUCUGAAAAUCUACGAAUAUCAUGUAAAACCUCUGCAGACAAAGCAUUUAAAGAACAACUCUUCAUAGUACAGUCAAAUUGGGGUCUUAGACCUCAAAAAAUACAUAAUGACAUAAUUUAGUUUCAUGUGAUGAAACUUUGUAAACAGAAUACAUACAUGUGUAUAUGUAAAGAAUUUCAAUCAAAUGAAACGUUAUCCUAUUGGAUAGACUAGGCAAUUCAUCAGCUGACCUGAAAUCAACCAGGAGGAGCAAGGACAAGAUGUGCACAGGGUUGUUUUCCUCACGGAAUGUGUUAAAUAGAAUGAUCUUUGACACGAUUAGACACUCCUCCCCAGAAAGGCUUUGAAAUCAUAAGGAUUUUCGUCAUCUCUUUAUAGAUUGCUUUCCCAAAAUCCUUUAAAAAAGAAUUUAAUUGAAUGACUAUGUAUUGGUUACAGACUUAGGAAGAGUUAAAACAAGAACAUUUGGGGAGGGGGAGAAAGAAGAAAGGGAUUGCUGUCUCCCUUGAAUUCCUCUGCUCCUUAGAGCUUGUGUUACUUGGAUGGAAUUGCCGACACCCUUUUUUAUAGAGGGUUCUCCACUUGACCUUAUUAAGGUUUUAUUGGGUUACGCUGCCGUGUUUGAAAUGAACAUGCAUCAUGGCCCUUUCAGGAGCAGACACGUAGCUCUGGAAAGAGAAGCUCCAUUGUGUACUGAGGGUAUCCAUCCAUAUCCAGCUGGCUUUCAAAUGGGGUAAUGGUAUUUUCUGCACAGAUUUUCUUUUAAAUUGGUUCUUUGUUUUUGAAGAAAGCAUUUUUUUUAACUUCUUGGUUUUAUUUAUAAUAAUUUGUUUCUGAAGCAAUUUGCUGAGAGUUAUAGGUCAAAAAGCCUUGUUACUAGUACAGAAUAUUUUUAUAUAUAUUCCUUUAUGAUGGUGUAAUUUUUUAAAUUGUCCUAUGCUUUGUUCACUUCCUGGUUUAAGUACUUGUUUUUAAGAACUUGGAAAAAGUGGGCUUGCUACAUCUCUGUUCAAAGAGACAUUUGUUCAAUCUCUGUGUGUCAACGCCUUGUUGAAUUGGUGCUUUGUGGUUGCAAUAAAGCAUUGCUUCAGUUU